GUCACAAACGAAACGCGUCUAAAACUGAAAGCAUCUACACCAUCCGCGAGAACAAGAUGUCCCUCUAUCAACGGCUGCUUUCGCUUGUCGGCAGAUCUCUACCUGCAGAGCAGGCUACUCGUACCGUGGUUGUGAACCAUACUUUGCAACCUGAUAACGCAACCAACCCCAACGCCUCGCAUCCCUCCAACCGAGUUACUACCACCAAGUAUAACCUUGUCACUUUCAUCCCUAAAAACCUAUUCGAACAGUUCCACAGGUUCGCGAACAUUUACUUCCUGUUCAUCGUGCUGCUGAACUUCGUGCCAUCGAUCAACGCGUUCGCCAAGGAGGUAGCAAUGCUGCCGCUGCUGUUCGUGCUCAGCGUCACGGCGCUCAAAGAUUUGUUUGAAGACCGCCGACGAUAUAACUCCGAUAAACGCGUCAACAACUCCUCCUGUCGGGUCUACUGCAGGUGCCUCGAUGACGACAACUUCGACGUACAGAAACUGAAUUUCUCGGUGGAGAUCUCGCCACCGACGACCAAGAUCUACCACUUCUUGGGCUCCAUCCCCGUGGCCGAGGGCACGCGAAGGAUUGCUCUGAACGAGAGCAACCUCCUACUGCGCUCGUGCUUCGUCAAGAACACGGACUUCGUCGAAGGCCUCGUCGUCUAUGCAGGGUCGGAGACGAAGGUUAUGCUCAACAGCAGCUCAAGUCGCUACAAGCGGUCACGUCUCGAGCGCCACAUGAACACGUCCGUCGUCUGCUGCGUUGCCAUCCUCCUCGUCAUGUGCUUCCUCUCUGCCACCGGCUCUGGGGUGUGGCAGGCAUACUUCGACAAAGUGUCUGCCGGUGGAGUGGUGCCGUUCCUGCCCCCCGUGAUGCCGUCCCUCAACGGCGGGGGAGACGCCCUAGAGGAACUGGUGAGGGGCGAGGUGUCCGAGGACGCCUCGCCUGCCGUCAGGCGGCUCUCCACCAGCCCUGGCUGGGUCGCCUUCCUCUCCUUCUGGACCUUCGUCAUCAUCUUUCAGGUGAUCAUCCCGAUCGCGCUCUACGUCACCAUCGAGAUCAUCAAGAUGCUGCAGGUCUACCACAUACAGAACGACCCGUGCUUCGUUGACGCAAGGAACGGGUCCUCCAUUGAGUGUCGGGCCAUGAACAUCACCGAGGAGCUUGGCCAAGUUCAGUACGUGUUCACUGACAAGACGGGCACGCUCACGGAGAACAAUAUGGUGUUCCAGCGCUGUUCCAUCAACGGCGUCGACUACGAACACCAGAUCACCACUGACAAACUGGACACGGAAGAGGGGGGCGAAAAUUGUGGCGACUCGUUUGAAAUCAACAAGCAACUCUACGACGACCUGCACCGGCCAGCCCCGUCAGGCACGAGUCCAGGGCAGCAGCAAGACCCUUCACCCUCACUUAUGUAUCAUCAACGUAGACCAUUGCCAGACCCGGCGGCCCCAGACCAACAGACCAUGCAGCAACAACAACAAAAGCAGCAACAAGAGCAACAAUCGUUGCAGCGUCACCUGCAUCAGCAACACCCAGAAGUUCAUCAAGAACGUAUUUUGAACUUCAUGUUGACGCUGGUGCUCUGCAACACCGUCAUCGUUGCUAAAACUCCACAUCGCGAUAAACCUGCAACUAGUGGGUCAGGCAACCCACCCACGCCUGGAGUUGACGACUACCACAGUGUAAUCACCCCGAGUCGUCUCAUACCAUCGCUACGAGCCUUCACCCCUUUGAUCCGCAUCCCUCCCCUCCCUGAACGUCCAUACCUCAACCUCCGCUCCCUUAAUCCCUUCAAUCGUCCUCUCUCCCCCAUUGCUUCAUCCCCCACUGCAUCACCUGAGGUCUGCCCUAAGCACCACAACGCGGGAAAUACAAAGUCACCUGCAAUUUUUAUGCAGCAUGACGGCAAGAAUCCCUCCCUGCAGUUUGUACCUGCUACUCUCUUGGGCGGCGAGAACAGUGCGGCUCAUUUUAAUUUAAAGGACCCCACGCCUUCCCUGGGUUCUCAGUCCCUCGUGUCGGAACUCGGUGGUCCCGACUCUGAGAUGUCGAGCUGUGCCACGUUCUGUACCGACGUGCCGCUGGACUCGUCCCUCACGCCCGCCACCGAAAUAUUGUCCUUCUCGUCCUCGUCGGCUGAUGGACCACAUGUGAUGGCGGCCAACGUGUCCGCCCGACACUCGACGCCUGGCAAAGAAUUGCAGUCGUCGGUACCUGCCAAGUCCGUGACAAGCGCCUCAAAUGUAUUUAAUUCUUCGAGUUUAAGUGUAAGCAAAGCAUCUGAUGACUUAUCGUCGUCGUCUCUUUCUCCGUCCCAGAUGAACUGGGCUUACAAAACCCCUUGUGCCGCACAAAGUACAAAUUUACCUUUAAUGCACCUGACAUUAAACCCGCUCUCUGAUAGUGCUGGGGACGCAACGAGCAGAAUUAUUGCCCCCGAGUUAGCCAGAGAAGGACUAUGUAACAGUGCCUUUAUAAGUAGUACUAGCGAGAGCUCUUUAGGGAGUUCUAGAGCACCGUGCUCCGUAUAUGGUAGCGCUCCAUCUAAUAGUUCAUCAGAGGAGAGAUUUCGUCACGAAACUAGAUUAACUCCUCCAAAUACGCUGAAAAUUCCAUUGGGACGAAUAUACGCUCCACGAUCCCCGCUCAAGUCAAGUAGGAGAACCGACAAUUCAUCAUAUUCAUCGUCAUCUUUGGAGGCUUCGAGUGUGAGCGGCGAGACAGCGCCUGUUCCUGACAAGGACGAACUCUUGGGGGUGACGAAGGAGGAGCCCAAGCCCUUGUACGAGGCCGAGAGUCCUGACGAACUCGCCCUUGUUGAAGCCGCCUUCAAGUACGGCGUGCGACUCCUCAGGCGGGACGCCCACACCGCUCUUGUCGACGUGCCCGGCGCGGGAGUGCUGCAGUUUGAGGUGCUGCACGUGUUUCCCUUCGACUCGACGCGCAAGAGGAUGUCCGUUAUGGUGCGCGACCCUCGCACCAAGAGCAUCAUCCUCUACUGUAAAGGUGCUGACUCUGCAAUUCUGGACAACUUGGACCGCGUGGGCAACCAGCUUGAUCAGUUCCGGCAGUUCAGGACACACCAGCACCUCUACGUGUACUCCAAGAAAGGCCUACGUACACUCUGCGUGGCCACGAGACACGUAUCCGAGGCCGAGUAUCUCUGGUGGAGGCGUGGCCAUGAUGAGGCUGAGGCCUCUUUUGCCGAUAGAGAGUUCAAGCUUCAGAACUCUUAUAAACUCAUGGAGAAGAGCCUCACAUUACUCGGUGCUACGGGGAUCGAGGACCGCCUGCAGCCGCUGGUGCCGGAGACGCUGGAGGCGUUACGGGCGGCGGGUAUCGUCGUGUGGCUUCUGACGGGAGACAAGCAGGAGACGGCCAUCAAUGUCGCCCACUCCGCCGCCCUCUUCUCUCCCACCAUGCAGAUCAUGAAGGUGAACGCCACGACGCAGCACGCAGAGGAGACGAUGCGACGGUUCCUCGAGUCCUGUGGUAUGCGUGCACGUCGCCCUCGUCAGGCUCCUGAUGACGAUGACGCUGGCUCCGUCCUGUCCGUGACGGCUACUGACGUUGCUGCUGACAACGUCCAUGCAUCUACGACCAGCAUGACUGACGUCAGCUCUAGUUUAAUGGCUGCAACGUGUCCUGACGCAGCCCCUGACGAUGACAAGGAGCGAGGGCUCGUCGUGGACGGCAAGACGCUGACCUUCAUCCUGGACCGGCGCACGAGUCUAGGGCCGCUGUUCCUGGAGCUGGCGGGGCAGUGCCGCUCGGUGCUCAUCUCCCGCGCCACGCCCCUGCAGAAAGCCCUCGUCGUCAAGCUUGCCAAGCGCGACCUGGGCGUCCUCAGCAUGGCUGUGGGCGACGGUGCCAACGAUGUAUCCAUGAUCCAGACGGCCGAUGUGGGUGUGGGCAUCAGCGGCGUGGAGGGCCGCCAGGCUGUGAUGUGCUCAGACUUUGCCAUCAGCAGGUUCUGCCACCUGCAGCGCCUCCUGCUGCUACACGGCCACUGGUGUCACCACAGGCUUGCCUCCAUUAUACUCUACUUCUUCUACAAGAAUGCCAAUUUGGUGCUGGUGCUGCUGUGGUACCAAUUCUACUGUUCCUUCACCGGCAAUAACUUCAUGGACCAGAUGUACCUCAUCCAGUUCAGCCUAACCUUCACGUCCGUACCUCCCGUCAUUGUAGGCGCAUACGACAAGGACGCCCCCAGCUCGGUGCUGCUGUCAGAGCCGCACCUGUACGACGCGGGGAGGCUGGACCAGGUCUUCAAACACUCAUACUUCUGGGUGAACAUCCUCGACGCCGCCUUCCAGUCCAUCGUCAUGUUCUUCUUCGCUCUGGGGGCGUACUACGGUGGCGACAGCGGUGGAGACCUUGUAGCGCUGACGGUGGUGCACAGCUGCCUGCUGGGGCAGCUUCUCACCAUCGCCCUCGAGAUCAAGUCUUGGACUAUCCUCCACGUGGCGUCACUGGUGUUCUCGCUGGUGAUAUUCCACGUGUUCAGCAUGGCGUACACGAUGUCGUGCGUGGCGUGCUUCGGACUGCAGAGCGUCUACUGGGUCUACCCGCACGCCAUGACCUCCCCCCUCCACUGGUGUGUCGUCAUCCUCAGCUCCAUCACAGCCGUCCUCCCCAGGUUCGUGUACCGCUGCGGGCAGACGUCGCUGUGGCCGACUGCGGUGCAGACGAGCGUGCUGAGGUACAGGCGACUGCAGCGACAGCGUCGUCUGCAGGAGAAACUUGCAGGGCAGAACCUCGGCUGUCGAGGAAGCUCGACCGUGUGACUCCUUCUUCUAUCCCUCUGUUCCAUCUCUCUCGUCCACCCUUCGCUUCCUCUCUCU